AUAAAAGCCACCAUUCGAUGUUGCGGGUGAAUAUCCGCACACGAGCGGUAUAAUGUCCGAUUGCCAUGGACCAAACUUGUUAGCACCUCCACGUGGUAUGUGGGCGGAGAUUCAACAUUUUAGAAAUUAUGGAGAUAUCAGGAAUGGAAAAGAACACAAUUUCGAUCGCAAGCUUCUCGUACAUGAUUCGAUAUGUUCGCAAAAAAAUUGACCUGAUCAGAGUAUCCAUUCUCUUGUUUCUGUCGGUGCUUACUAAUCAAGGCACGUGGGGCCGACUACACCCUAAAUUCACGAAGACGCUAUGGUGCAUGAUCAAACAUCGCCGUCGCCAUGAUACAAUGUCAGACACCUCGUCAUUGCAUACGGCGCAUCCGCAUGCUUCUCAGGCCUGCAAGCGGUGUUCGGUGAACAAGAAGAAGUGUGAUCGACGACUUCCUCGAUGCACAGCAUGUGUCACAGCAGAUGCUUCGUGUGAAGCGCCGAUAAAGGCUGGUGACAGGAGGCUCAUGCGCCAUGUGGAAGAACUUCGAGAUGAAAAUAGGGAGCUUAAAAACCAGAUAGCUAUCCUUCGGCGGGAACUGAAUUCUAGAGAUGGCCCUGUAAGGAGUGGGGAUAUCGAAACAAGUUUACAGCAGCAAGCGCCCCAAGCAAUAGCCCUGCCUUUGCCUUUUCUGGCGUCCAACGACCAUCCCAUUCUCCUCCGGUACUCACGGCACCAAACGCUCCUUCAUUUCAUUUUUGUGGAAUUUGGCCUGCAGGAGGCAGAAUUUGGCAAUCAAAGCAAUGAUGAUUCUGGCCAAACAUCGAAUCAUGACGAAUCCUCAGGCGACAUCAACCACCUUCCAAGUAUGGAGGACACUCGCACUAUGAUAAGAGCGCUUCUUGAGUCAGCAAAACAUGGACCGAGUAACCUGGACAAGAUCGUUGGUCUGAGACAGCUUGAAGAAGAUUGCCACCUGGUCUACAGCCCUGGAGGAUUGACGGCGCCUGAAUACGCUGGUAGUCGAUUCAGGUGCUUCACCACCCUUUAUCUCGCGAUGUGCAUGGCAGCCGCAGCUAAUGGAGAUGAAAUUGACACAAACAACCAAGCCAUAGCUUGUCGAACUUUCGGAUUGAAAGAAUUGGCUUCGGUGACUUCGAGAGAAGAUCUAGCCUGUGUAGAGGCGCUCACCCUUCUUUGCGAGCUUGCCAUUCAUGCACCUGGUGGUCCGAAUCUUUGGCAGCUUGUAGGGCUGGCCACGCGGACUGCCAUCGCUAUCAAUCUCCAUCGCAAGGAUGAUAUCUUCCUCCCUACAAUCUAUCCAGGCUGGCCUGUCACAAGUGAAGAUUCUAACACUGUAUCUGCCCGGAACCAAAGGCGAAAAGAUCUCUUCUGGGCUCUGUACAGCCUCGACAGACUAACGGUCUUUAUCCUAAACCGGCCAGUGUCGAUCAGGGAGGAGGAUAUUGACGUAGAUCUCCCACCGUCUACUAUGUGGCCCGAAGGGAAGUAUGCCACCGUAUCAAGCGAGGCACUGUGGGUCCACCACCUGCAGGCAAGGCGCUUGUACGGUCAGAUACAUGGAUCGUUGCAUGGUAGUGUCAAGCCUUCGACGGACGAAGAAGCGUCGCGACAUGACGACGUAAUUGCUCGAUAUAUGCAACAAGUACAGCAAUGGUAUAUGAAAAGCCGAUUCAAUGCCACCGUCAUCCCUUUCUCCGAAGAAUCCAUCAAGCGUCACGUGCUCGAUGAUGUCCAAUAUCAUCAGAUGGUCAUGGCUCUUCAUCAACCCUCUGUACUCAUUCCGAACGUUUCUUCGGCAUCAAUCGCGACUCUUACCCGAUCCGCUAGUCUCUCAGUAAACCUAUUCCAUCAUGCUGCCUCCCGGAAACAAAUGAAUAUUCAUUGGGUGAACAUUUACCAUGUCUUCACGUCUUGUGCAAUAUUAAUAUAUUGCUUUCGCGAACAUCAACUGCGAUCUGAUUUGAUCGCUAUUCCUCAAGCCGAAGUCACAUCGAUGAUCUCCCGCUCCCGCCAAGCUCUGGCCCUUUUUCGAGGCGUUGGCAGCCUCGUGGGACGAUACGAAGAUAUGUUCAGUCAAUUGGUACAUGCUUUUGAAACCUCUUACACUUUCGAUCCAUCAGCGGUCCCCAACCCUGCAUCACCUUCCAGUCUUCCACUUACACACCAGCAAACCCUUUCGCCCCUCAAUCCAUCCAACGUCGAUUCUGACCAGGAUCCUAGCGCAGCCUUCGCCUUCGACGUGGACAUGAUCUUCGACGGUCUCAUGCCUGAAGGAAGAACGCCAAUUGCCUCCGCAUCUCCGGCAUUUGCAGAAGCUGUGCUUCCUACUGAACAGCCCACAUUACUUUCGCCAACGUAUUGGGCGGAUGCGUCACAAAAUACAUAUAUGGAGCUUGAGAGGUCCGAUGAAGGGAGAUGAGGGCCCUUCUAUACUCCACGAAGCUAUUUGCUUAUCGGCAAAUGAUCCAACGGUGCAGCGGGGAACGCAGUGCACUAGUCGCAUCAGACGGUAUCGCGUCCAAGUGUUUAUCUCGGCCCCAUACCCGCCCCAGAACACACUUUUGGUUGAAUCAUAUUUUGGUGCCCUUAGGCCACUAUAAUCUGAUUCUUUGUUGGCUCCGUACCUCCGAAGCAAUCCACUGGGACCAUGCCUAUGCAUUCCGCCACUUUCUCCAGGAUUAU